AAAGGCGAGAAGAGCGCGGGACGUCCGAAGAACGGUAAUGAGCGCGGGGAGAGAAACGAGGAACGAACAAACCGAACUGGCGCGCGCUUUAUAUAUUCUCGGCGCCGGCCGAUCGCCGGCACUGCCAUUGUAAUUCGCCCGGAAGGGGAUGCUCACCCUCGAAAUCUUCGACUCCGCACAGGUCCCGCACCGUGCGCAGCGCCACCCCGGCGUGCCUCCCCCGAUGCUCAGCGAGGCCCUUGACAGCGCGAGCAUGUGCCGACGAUGGCAACCUCGCGAAGAGGCGGCUCCUGCUCAUCGUCGCCUUCACCUCGGCUUCCUGCCCUCGAAUCAUCUCGACGUCUCUUCAAGUUCAACUCGAACUUCAACACGAAGCGCUGGCAGCCAGCAAACCAGCUUGUCCGCGGCUCGUUUCAUUUCCAUGGCGUUCGCCUGUAGCACGGGCGUUUUGAUCGUUGCCAUCGUGCUGCUCGCCGAACAAGCUGCGGCCACGGGACGUACCGUCACGUACGGCCUGCCAUGCCCAUUUGUGGCGAACAACGCCAUUCAUGCCAUUGUCCUCCUUCCCCUCUUGGGCUGACAAUCGAAGUCCCUCUUCAUAUCGUCGC